AUGUUGAGGAUUGGAGAGGAAAGGGCUAUUGAUUAUGAGACUCUCAUUUAAGCAGAGUAGGCUAGAAACGAGGAAUUAGAAAAUGAUGUGCAAUAACUUAAUGAUGAGAAUGCUAGAUUGAAUGAUGAAAUCAAAAGAUUGAUGGAAGAAUUAGGUAAAUUGUAAUCUUAAGUAUCUGAACUCAGAGAAUAAACUACUAUAAUUGAAUAAUUAAGAUCUGAUUUACAUAAUGUACAACAUCAAUUAGAUUUGAAAUUACAACAAAUUGAUGAUCUAAAUCAUGAUGUCUAAACAAGAGAUGCUGAAUUAUUUAAAUUAUAAGGAGGAUCUUCAGUUACUAUUGUUACUGAGAAUAAGUUAUUGUAGAUGUAGAGUGAAAUUGAUAGAUUACAAUCACUUCUUAAGUAAAGAGAAGCUGAAUUAGAUGGUUGGAGAUUGAAAUAUUCAUCCCUUGAAAAGGUUAACAUUUAAUUAAGAACUGAAAAUGCAAGUAUCGACUCAUUGUAAGGAACUAUCAAGACUUUGCAAUAGGAAUUAGCAUCAAAGCAAGAGAGAAUCAAUCUUAGAGAUGAUAAGAUUAAAUAAUAAGAUGAUAUUAUUGAUUAAUUAUAGAAUGAGUUAAAUCAUCUUUAAGGAUUGAAAUUAGAAGUUGAGAAUCUUAAACAAUAAGUACAUUUUAAGGUUCAAGAACUUACUACUUGCAAAGAAAAGUUAGCAGCUGCUUUGAGAGAAGUAGGAGCUUUACGUUUAUAUAAAGGAGAAGUACAAGUACUUGAAUCAGAGAAGUAAUUACUUAGAGACGAAGUUGAUCAUUUGAGAGGUGAAAUCUAAAAGAGAUUGUUGGAAGUUGAAGAGCUCUCAUUUAUUAAAGCAUCAUAAGAAGCUUAAUUAAAAUAAAUACCAUUCUUAGAAGAUGAAAUAUCAACAUUGAGAAACCUUUUGGCUGAUGCUAUUUCAGAAAAGGGAAUCUUAUAAACUCAAUUUGGAUAAUUAUAGAAUGAGAAUCUUGCACUUGAUAAUAAAUAUCAUACAUAAGAGGGAGAACUUGAUGAAUUCAAAUUAGAUAACUAAAGAUUAUUAUAAAUCAAUGAUCAUUUGAAUGAGUAAUUACAAAAGGUCAGAAAUGAAAGAAAUCAAUUUGAAAGAGAUGCUGAUCAAUUAGAUAAAACACUUCAUGAUGUUUAAUAAUUAUUGGCUGAUGCUGAAGAAAAGAAUGCAUAAUUAGAAAAAGAAAUUAAAGAAUUAAAAGAUGAAUUAAAUAAAUUAAGAUAACAGAAUUUAUAAUAAGAAUUAGAUUUAUAAGCAAAAGAUAGAUAACAUGAAUAAUAAAGAGUUUAAUAUGAAGGAUAUUUGAAUGAAUUAUAAUUAGAAAUUCAAAGAAAGGAAUAAUUAAUUAAGAAUUGGAAGGAUAAGUAUUUACAAUCUGAAUAACUGGUGUCUGACUUAUAAUUUACAGCUGAACUCUUAAAAUAAGAAUAAAUCAGAGCUAGACAAUUAGAAUUAGAAAUUGAAAGAUUGAAGCAAAGGUAAUUACAUUAACCACCACCUUAAAUUGAACAUAUUGUUGAUUAGGAUGAAAUCAAUCAACUUAGAAAAUAAAUUUAGGAACUUCACAGAGAAAACUUUGACUAAUACUAAUAAAUUUAGAAACUUAAGUAAUAAAUUGAAUAAUUAAAUAAUCACAUUAAUAUCCUUGAAAAUGAAAAGCAUUUAUAUAUCUAAGAAAUAGAUAGAUUGAAGACUUAAUUGAAUAUGAAGGUUGAAGAAAAUGAAUAAAUGAGAGCCAAAAUGAACGACCUCAAUUAAACCAUCUUUAAUUUAAAGCAUUUAGAAUCAAGAGUUCCUGAGUUGGAAUAAACAAUUAAUUUAUUAAGAUAACAUUCAUAAGAUUUGAUUCAAUAAUUGAAUGUCAAGACAAAAGAAUAUGAAGAUCUCUACGGAAGAUACUUCGAUAAAUCUUUAGAAGCUAAUCAAGUUAAUUAAUUAUAAUUAUCAAAUAAUAAAUUAGAUAUUGUAAGAUAAGAAGAAGUCUAAAAUAGAGAAAAUGUUAAGACAGAUCUUAAUAAGGUUGGAGUAGACAAUGAUAGAUUGAGAAGAGAGAAAGAGUACUAUGAGAGUAAAUAUAAGUAUUUGCUCCUUGAAGUUGAAUAUUUAUAAAGAUUGAAAGCUGAAUCUCUUUAGUAAGAUCCUUUGUUGGAAUUGAGAGGAGGAAACCAAGAUGAUGUCAAUGAGGAUAUUGCUAAUUUGGAAAGAUAACAAUAGGUUUUAUAAGAUCAAUUAGCCAAAUUAUAAUCGUAAAAUGAAUAGAAGGAUAAAGAGAUUGAUGAUCUCAAUGCUUAAUUGAGACAAUUAUAAGCAGAAAACAUUCAAGACUUAUAUAAUAAACUUCAAUAAUAAUACAGUUUAUUGUAAACUUAGAUUACUAAUUUAUAAUAAAGCAGUAGCAAUUCUUCAGCUGAAAAGGAUAAUUAUAUCAAUGAAUUAGAAUCUCAUAUUAAUGAUUUAUAAAAUCAACUCUAACAAUUAGAUUAAUAAAGAUCAAAGUAAAUUGGAGAUCUGUAGGCAUAAUUGUAAAAGUUAUUAGAUGAGAAUAAUAAAUUGAGACAAUAAUUAACUGAUUUGACUAAUAAGUUUAAUUCUUAAGUAUCAGAGAUGAACUCCAUGUAGAAAGUCAUUGAAUAAUUGAAUGGUUUCUAAAAUGAAUUUAUUAAAUACAAGGCUUUAUACGAAAGAGAAUGUUUAGUCACUGCUGAUUUAAAGGAUCAAUUAGGUUAAUUAGAUAAAUAGGCUAGACAAUUAGCUGCAGAGAGAGAUAAUCUCUUGGAUAGAAUUGCCAAAUUACAAGCUGAAAUUGAGUAAUUAGGAAAGCAAAUAUAAGUUAAGAAUGAUGAAAAUGCAGCUUAAUCUAAGACUGUAUCAACCUUAGAAGGAUAAGUUGCUUAAUUAAAGCCUCUUGAAGCUGAAAACUAAAGAUUGAAAUAAUUAAUUGAUCAACAAACCAAAGAAUUAGGAGACUUAAGAUAAAAGUUGGCUGAUUUGCAAUUAGCAGCUGAUGAUGCCAAUAAAUAGAAAACUUAAUUCCAAUAAUUAUAUAAUUCAGUCAAUGGAGAGUUUGAACAAUUAAAGAAUAAGUUUGCAGCCAAAGAUAAUGAAAUUAAUGCAUUGAAGGCAUCGAACACAAAACAAGAAUCAAUUGUUAAAUAAGUUAAGGUUAUUGAUAAUACCAAUCCAAAUGAUUUGAAAACUUUGUAAGAUCAAAUUGCUUAGAGAUCAAAAGAGAAUGAAGAAAUUAAAAAGAAAUUCAAUCAAAUGGAUGUUGAAUUAUAGAAGGUAAAGAAAGAUAAUACAGAAAUUAGUAAAUUGUAAUAAGCAAUUCAAGCAAAAGACAAAGAAUUAGAUGAUUUGAAGAAGAAACUUGACAAAUUCUCAUAGGAUUCUUCAAAUCUAGAAAAGUUGAAGAAAGAAUUAGAAGCUAAAGUGAAUAGCUUAAAUUCUGAUUUGAACACAAGCAAGAAGAACUUUGAUAACCAAUAAAAUGAUAUCAAGAAAUUGAAUCAAUAAAUCAAUGAUUUAUAAAAUGAAAUCAAGAGACAAUAGAAUAUAAUUUCCAAUCAAACAUCUGAUUUGUAAACUUGGAAUAACAAGUAUGCCUCUGUAGUGAAAGAUUUGAGAUCAGAUAAUCCUCCUUAAAGUACAAAUCAAACUAAUCAAUUCACUACAACCAUUACCACAUAAGUGAAUAAACAACCUUAGACAUCUUAUUAAUAGAUAGAUGAUAGUCAAUCAAAUAGAUCCAGUGGCUAUAGAUAAAAUUUAUUCCCAACAGCUUCAUAGGUCUAAUAAACAAACACUCAAAAACCAGUGACAGCUUCAUCCAUUUAUUAGUCUGGCUCAUCCAGUUAACAACCACCAUCAUAAACAUCAUCUUCCUAAAUUAUGAAUUAAACAUCAACAACCACAACUAGAAGUUAUGCAAGACGUUAUUGA